GUAUCUACCUUGGUAAUACUUAGCUCUUGUGGGAUGAUGAUGAUGAUGACGACGACGAUGAUGAUACAGCUUUAAACAUGGUGUUGACACUAAGGCAGAAUUUAAAGUGUAUAAUUGGUAAAGGUGCUAUACUCUCCAACAGGAGUGCAAAGGUCUACUGAGGAAGAAGCUACCAUGUGCCAAAGAGAACAUGAGGAAUCUUGUGGUGCUGUUUCUCUUGGCAGUCUUUGGACUUUGCUGGACCCAGUACAAGUCUAGUCCCAGACCUGUAAGGACCUCUAUUGUCCAUCUUUUUGAAUGGCGCUGGGUUGACAUUGCUCUUGAAUGUGAGAGGUACUUAGCACAACAUGGAUUUGCAGGUGUUCAGGUUUCUCCUCCAAAUGAAAACCUUGUAAUUAUGAAUCCAUGGAGACCAUGGUGGGAGAGAUACCAGCCAGUUAGUUACAAGUUAUGUUCACGUUCUGGAAAUGAAAGUGAGUUCAGAGAUAUGGUGACUAGGUGCAACAACGUUGGAGUCCAUAUUUAUGUAGAUGCUGUAUUCAACCAUAUGCUCAGUUCGGCAGCCGGAUCUGGCAACCGUGGUAUCUGUAAGAGCUAUUUCAAUGCAGAACUCCAUGAUUUUCCUGCUGUCCCAUAUACAAGAUUUGAUUUUAAUGAUCCAAUAUGUAAAACACCCAGUGGAGAUAUUGAAAACUACAGUGAUCCUAUUCAGGUUCGUUACUGUCGACUUUAUGGACUCCUUGACCUUUCCCAGUGGAAAGAUGAUGUGCGUUCAAAAAUAAUUGACUUCUUGAACCACCUGAUUGAUCUUGGCGUUGCAGGGUUCCGAAUUGAUGCUGCCAAGCACAUAAGGCCCGAGGACAUAAAUGUUAUUUUAAGCAAGCUAAAUAAUCUCAAUACCCAGUGGUUCACCAAAGGUUCACGACCUUUCAUCUAUCAAGAGGUAAUUGACUUGGGAGGUGAAGCUGUCCAAAGCUCUGAAUACUUCAGAAAUGGCCGAGUGACUGAAUUUAAAUAUAGCACGCAGCUUGGGACUGUCCUUCGCAAAUGGAAUGGACAAAAGAUGGCAAAUUUAAAGAGCUGGGGAGAAAGCUGGCAUAUGAUGCCGUCUAAUAAAGCCUUCGUCUUUGUAGAUAAUCAUGACAACCAAAGAGGACAUGGAAGUGGUGGGGCCUCCAUUCUCACUUUUUGGAACUCUAGACUCUAUAAGAUGGCAGUUGGGUUUAUGCUUGCUCAUCCCUAUGGAUUCACACGAAUCAUGUCUAGCUACUGGUGGCCAAGAGAUAUCCAGAAUGGAACGGACUUGAAUGAUUGGGUUGGACCUCCAAGCAAUAGUGAUGGAUCCAUUAAACCUGUGACAAUUUAUGCAAAUGGAACUUGUGGCAAUGGCUGGGUCUGUGAGCACCGUUGGGAUGAAAUUCGGAACAUGGUGAUAUUCCGAAAUGUUGUCUAUGGGGAGCCAAUUACAAAGUGGUGGGACAACAAUAACAAUCAGGUGGCAUUUGGACGGGCUGGCAAAGGAUUUGUUGUGUUUAAUAAUGAUAACAGGUUUUGGAUUGGCAGUGAGAAAGAUCAUCCUACUCUAUACCAGUGUCCCACCAAGGACAGGGCAAAACAAGAACUUGUCGGUAAUCCUUCCUACUGGUCUUCCUGCUGGGAUUUAUUGUGAUGUCAUUUCUGGACAAAAGGAAGGCAAGACUUGCACAGGAAUUCAAAUCCAUGUUGCUGCUAAUAGCAUGGCUCGUUUUCAGAUUAAUUACCAAGCAAAGCACCCAUUCAUUGCAAUUCACGUUGAAGCCAAACUGUAAUAUAUUUUGAUGACCAUUUCUCUUAUUUGGUUGGUUUUUGUUCUCUGUGUCUUAUAAAGCUGAUUUUUU